GGUACUUUUUGGCAGGGAGGGAUUUUUCGAGCUCUCUCAGGGGCUUUCGUUGCUCGUUUGUCAGGGCAUUUUUCCGUUGAGCCAUAAAGUGGUUAUAACAAGGGGCGCCUACGGAUUGACGUGUGUCAAUUCGAGAUGCAAUUUCAUCUCUUCACCAAAUUUUCAUCGAUGGAGCAACACAUCAUAAUGGUUACGCUUCGUCGCACAGCAAAGGCACCAACCACUCGAGAUUGCGAGGCCCUGAAGGGCGCUUAUGACAGUCUCCGAACGGCGAACGAGCAGCUUCAGACCUUUGAGCGCGAGAUCUGUUUUUUGAAGACCGCCAAGAUGCUUUACUUUCCCAGUCAAUGUGAAACAUCAGAUCCGGAUCAUCUCCUUCGGCACAAACGAAGCGGUUUCGUAGACCAGCUUCUAUCCGACUCUGAGUGGUUGCAACGGGUAACCUGUAAUGGCCUUUUGGAGUCCGUCGACAAUCUAGCCCGUGAACUAGAGAGGAUUAGCGCCUCCAAGACAAAAUUUGAUUGUAUCCAGGGUACUCUUCGACGCUGUAUCAACGAGCUGUCGCGUCCGUACCCGAGGGACUUGAACAUCCUGGACUUGCCCGGUGAGCUUCUCCUUGACAUCUUUGAGAUUGUGGAAGACUUUGACUUCAACGAUCUGUUUGCCUACAAGACCCCAGGCAGGGCUGAUAUUCAAAACACUCGCCUGGUCUGUCGACGGUUUGUAACCUGAGCUCACAGCUGCUCGUCCGUCUUGUGCGCGUCAACUUCGACGAACCAUCGCUUGAGCGCUUGGAUGAGAUUUCUCGCGCCCACAGUAUCGCGAAGGCCGUUCGCGCUGUUCGAGUUAUCCUUCAUUUUCACAACUCUUCUUUUACCGACUUCGAUCGGUUCAUCUCAUACCACGCCGACGAACUUGAACACCAAGGGGG